CUCCGGCCACCGCAGUCCCGGUCACCGCCUUCCGUUCCAUCACUCUCUCUGUCUCACCUCUUUCUUUCUCAGAAAUAUGCCUUCUCAGAAGGUUGAAACCGGUCAUCAAGACACAGUGCACGAUGUUGCGAUGGAUUAUUAUGGAAAGAGGCUGGCGACAGCUUCUUCGGAUCACACAAUUAAGAUAAUUGGGGUGAGCAAUUCGGCCUCUCAGCAUCUAGCAACUCUGACUGGUCACCAAGGGCCUGUUUGGGAGGUUGCGUGGGCUCAUCCUAAGUUUGGAUCUCUGCUGGCUUCGUGUUCCUUUGACGGGCGUGUUAUUCUUUGGAAGGAGGGUAACCCGAACGAGUGGAUACAAGCUCAUGUAUUUGAUGACCAUAAGUCGUCUGUGAAUUCAGUUGCUUGGGCGCCUCAUGAAUUGGGUCUUUGUUUGGCUUGUGCUUCGUCUGAUGGGAAUAUAUCGGUGUUCACUGCAAGAGCAGAUGGUGGAUGGGACACGUCGAGAAUUGAUCAAGCUCAUCCAGUUGGUGUCACUUCUGUGUCUUGGGCUCCUUCAAUGGCGCCAGGUGCUCUUGUUGGUUCAGGGUUACUUGAUCCUGUGCAGAAGCUUUGUUCUGGUGGUUGUGACAAUACUGUUAAGGUGUGGAAGCUUAGCGAUGGACAGUGGAAGAUGGACUGCUUCCCUGCACUUCACAUGCAUAAUGAUUGGGUUCGAGAUGUUGCUUGGGCGCCAAAUUUGGGACUUCCUAAAUCUACUAUUGCUAGCGCAUCGCAGGAUGGGAAAGUGAUCAUAUGGACUGUAGGCAAAGAAGGGGAUCAUUGGGAAGGAAAAGUUUUGCAUGAUUUCAAGACCCCUGUUUGGAGGGUGUCAUGGUCUUUGACAGGAAAUAUACUGGCUGUGGCGGAUGGAAAUAACAAUGUGACAUUAUGGAAAGAAGCAGUCGAUGGGGAAUGGCAACAGGUGACAACAGUGGAGCCUUAG